AUGACGAAGGCUGGUCCGCCCUUGGCAUCGACAUUUCGGUUGGUCUUCGUGCUAUGUGUCGUCUCUGGUCGGCUGCUCAAGCACCUCCCGCAGGAACAAUUUCCGCUCGUGCAACGGCAAUGGGAGGCGGUCUCUCAGUUCCGUUCCCAAAUCACGCACAAAGCCACUUUAUCCCUGCGAGAGCCUAACCUUACCUCCUCUGAAGUGUGCGCCAUAUUGCUCGCUCUACAUCUACUAGAAUCCAGGCCGUUCGCAGAGACUCUGAACACUUUCUUGUCCCAACGAAGCAGAUGUCUCACUAAUACUUUGUCGCGACACAAAGACCGAAUGCCAAAUGGUAACGGCGGUAUUCCUGAAUUAUCACUACCUCAUAUGGGAACAAUGAAGGCUCGCAUCCCUGGGGCAGAAUUGCGCGACGUACGGCAGAGGUUGAAAGCGGUGCUUGAAGUUAUUUCCAGAACUCUGGGAUCCUCCCGGAUCAUUUUCCUGGGCGAGGCCAACGAGCCACCACUCAUGCGCAGAGUCAUCGCUCAUAUUCAGACGUCGAUGCCCUCAUCAUCCGAUAACCUGCCACCUGAAGUUCGGCUGACGAGUCAAACCCUGCUCUCCGGUCUCCCUUCUUCCAACCAUUUCCUCCUCCUUCCUGCAACGAUCAAAGGCUACAAGCCGUAUCUGGAUGCGGAGUCACUGUCACCAGAAAAACAAGCUCGAUUUUCGAAUAGCUUGGCAGACUGGUUCGGAGGUGCCCUGCAGAGCACGCGCACCGCUAUGUGCUCCUGGUUCGCUACUUUGACCACCGUUCGCGAGCUCUGGGAGACAAGAACAUGGUGCAGGAAGUUGAUUCGAGCAUCCUCAGGUCUCCAUGCCGAGGAGAAGACUGUGGUAAAUGGCGCAAUAGACGCGAUCUGUCGGGCAAGAGCGGUAGAAAUAUGGAAAUCGGUACUAACGUCGACCGACGCGGCCUUCCAUGAACACCUUGACUCCGGACUCGCUGAGCUGGGGAAACCUAGUGGUGGUGACGUUCUUGAUGCACAACCAGUGCGAUAUCUGCUACAAGCCCCACCCAUCUCGUUGUCUUCUUCUCAUAGCGGGAAGAGCGCUUCCGCGUCGUUCCGACAGUACAGCAAUAGCCUGGAACAGCAGAUCUCAGGCCGAACACCUCUCCUGCAAGACGUGCUAGAUACGAUUGAGACCCGUAUACAAGCUCUACAACACGACCUAGAUACCAUGCGUGGACGUGACGAAGAUACCCAGUGCGUUUGGUAUCCCAUGGCUUACUUUGUGCUACUCACUUAUGUGCUUCACAAGGCUGCUAGCUGCACAGCUGGUGGAGCAUUAUCCCUUGCAGCUUCCACAUUAAGACCGAUGGUAUUUUUGGCCCGGCUGGGAGACGAGCUAUCGUCCUCCGUCGGCCCAUUGACUCGCGUCGGAUGCAGCGCGUCAGCUACUGACAAUUUCCGUGAACGUCUUCGGAAAUUACACGAGGAUAUCAUGCAGCAAUGGCAAACCUACGUCGUUGACAAGACACUAGAUGAUUAUCAGUCUCAUCAUCUCAGUUCUAAAGUCGAUAGCCAGGUUGCAGAUGCAUCUGGAUACGAUUCUCUGAGGCCAUCGGCUGCCGCUGUGAACAGUGUACUAGAUCUGGCAACAUCUCUGCAGCAGUUUGGUGGCCUCCUUGACCCUAUGUAUUCGAACACACGAGCGCAGCAGCUUCUCGAGGCCUUCUCUGCGAAGUUUGCGGAGCGAUUCCAGGAGUGCUUAGAGGGCUCAGAAACGGCCAACGUGGACAUGACCAAAGACCUG